AUGAAAUGGAUCAAGCAACAACAGCAUCGGCAAUCUCAGAUUAACAACAGCAACAAUAAUAGCAACAUGACUGUCCGCAACCAAACUGCUACCACCACUACAUCUGACUCAACAAUCCACAGAAAUGCUUUUGUCACUGACAAUGUGCCGCCAGAAACAACUGUCACUUCGACGUCUGAACGAUUUAAUCUCGACAAUGGCAACAUUUUUGAUCAUUCUUUUCCAUCAUUCUUGACAGCACCACCGUCUCAGCAAGCGACAUCAGUGGUACCAGACCCACAGAUGCACACCAUAAGAAGCAGAAUCUUUCAGAAUCAUUUGAGAAAUUUUCAUCGGCGACUUCUUGAGCAGGAGUCGAAUAGCAGCUCUCCAGUUACGCUUUUCUCAACUUUGCUUACAGAACCAAGCCCAUCUUCAACAACGAUGCCACUGACCACUACAGCGACAGCUCAUAACGGUGACGACACUUUACGAUAUUCUUUACACUCCUUAUGGGAUCCUCAUGUUCAAUUUUCUUCACAGAGCCAUAGUAACAACCAGGAGAACACAAACAGCAACAGAAACAAUGCAGAAACACUUUAUGGGUAUCAUCACUCUUCCGUACACCCACUUGACAACACAAUGGAUGCGACAACAACAACAGAGCUAUCAUCAGGAACCUUACAGGCAUCGUCAGCGACGAAUGCCGAAUUGCCACCACCAGUACUACAACCUUCCAUUAUUCCUUUUUCUGCGAUCCCACCUAUUGCCACUACUGUCACCACAUUGCUCCUUCCGGAAGAGUUAGUCUUGGAACAGAUGAAAUCGAUUGAAACGUCAGUGGAUGGAUUAAUGAAAAAGGAGAUACGUCGCAUCAACAAAGAAAUACAAGAGCGGCGACACUAUAGACGACAGCUGAACUUCAAGGGUGGGCAAUCGCCAGAGUUGCGCAAAGCCAUCAUUGAUGCCGCUCCGCAAGGAGACAGAUACCCGGAAAGUAAUAUGGGUAACGUGGGCUUUUGA